AUAUAUAUAUAUAUCGUUUUGCUUCCAGCUCCUCUCUAAUCUGUUAAACUGUACCCACAUUUUAAAUUCUAAAUUUAUGAUUUCUGUGGUGAGAUAGAGCAAAGGAGGAGGACGAUUCUGAUUACAUGCCCCUUUGGCUUCGAAAUUGAGUCGGUUUUUUUAGACAUUAAACACCAUCUUUUUUGCCCAUGUUCUAUCAUUUGACUUGAUUUUUUUUACACAAAGCACCAUCUUUUUUUUUCCUGUGUUCUAUAAAUUUCUUUUGAUAGUGAAUUUGGAGACAACUGUUGAGGUAGCUAGGGAGAUUUUAAAGGAACUUUCUUGAUGCAUUCCAACUGCGCGAUAAAAUGCUCAAACCAGGUGUUGGAAUUACCAGUGGAAUAGACUUUCAAUUUCUGACAGGUAUUUAACAGGUGCAAAAAUUAUAUUCAAGGGUAAUAUGGUUAUUUUACAUGUAUUUAAUAAUGCUUUGCUAAUGGUGGUAAUGAGAAGGACCAAAAAUAUUAAAAAAAUUGAAAACAUGACCAAAUUUUCAAAAAGAUUUUUUAUGGACUUAAUCCAAAAAUACAUGACAUGGGCAUAAAUUGUAAAUUUGUAAUUUAGAUUUUAAUUAUUUAUUUAUUCUAAUUUGUUUCUUAUUAAGCCAUUGUAGUCUAAAAGUACAUUGUUACAUUUAAACACGGACCAAAUGUGCGUUCGCGUAAUUGGGAUUUUUCAAAGAUGCAAGGGAGUUACCAUUUGUUAUAGUUUGUUUCUAGAAACUCACUUUUUACUUUGUUUUUACUUUUCUUUUUACUAAUACUAAUUUGUUUUUAACUUAUGCAGCUUCUGUAGAGGGAUGUUGUGGUGAUUGGAAAGGGAUUUUGAAAAAGGGAGAAAAAAAAUUGUAUUAUUGUAAGGGUUGAAGAGGGAAUAUGCAAAAGGUGGAAAACGUCAAGAUCAACACUGCUUAACUUAUUUUGUUGUCCUUAAGAUGAUUUACUCAAAGGAGGAGGUGAAGGAGCUAGAGAAGAAAGGAAUGGAAUUGAAUUUUGAUUACGAGAAUGGUGGUUUAAGUAUCUUGCAAUUGCUUGAACAAAUAGAUGAUAUCGAAAGAUUGGGCCUUGACUAUCGCUUUCAAAAUGAUAUAAGGAGAGCACUUAAUUUUAUUGCAUCAAUAAAAGAAAAUAACACUGAACAUGAAGAAAAAGAAGGUAGUCUUCAUGAGGCAUCUCUUCGAUUCAGGCUUCUUAGGAAACAUGGUUAUAACGUUUCACAAGAUUUUCUUUUAAGAUUCAAGGACAGUCAUGGUGGCUUCAUGCGGUGUCUAGAGACGGAUGUCAGGGGAUUGUUAAGCCUAUAUGAAGCUUCAUAUCUUUCUUUUGAGUGCGAAAAAGAUUUGCAUGAGGCCAAGUUAUUUGCAAGGGAACAUUUGCUGAAGCUUAAGUGUCAAGAAAAUGAAGCCCUUGAAGACAUAAAUCAUGCAUUGGAACUCCCCUCUUAUCGUAGGAUGCUUAGAUUACAAGCAAGGUGGUACACUGAUGCAUACAGUAAACGAAAAGAUGCAAACAUGCUUCUGUUAGAGCUUGCAACAUCGGAUUACAACAUGGUUCAAUCGGAAUUCAAGAAAGAACUUCAACAAGUAUCAAAGUGGUGGAAAAAUAUAGGCCUAGCAAGCAAGUUAAGCUUCGUUAGGGAUCGACUCGUGGAAUGCUUCUUUUGGUCAGUUGGAGUGAUAUUCGAGCCUCAAUAUAAUUCUUGCCGUGUAGAGCUCACAAAAGUUUGUACGUUAAUUACUGUCAUUGAUGACAUCUACGAUGUUUAUGGUUCUCUUGAUGAACUCGUGAUGUUCACAGAUGCUGUCAAGAGGUGGGACAUUAAUGCAGUGAAACAUAUGCCCGAGUAUUUACAACUAUGCUUUCGCACUCUUUACAACACCAUUAUUGAAAUAGGUUCUCAGACCUCGAUUGCACAAGGCGAAGACAUCAUACCAGUCCUAGUGAAAGUGUGGGGAGAUUUACUUGAAGCAUUCUUGUUGGAAGCAAAGUGGACUCAUAACAAAUACAUUCCAACACUUCAAGAAUAUAUGGAUAAUGCAUGGCGAUCAGUCUCGGGAGUCGUUAUACUUACCCAUGGUUACUUUUUAAUUAAUCAAGAAUUCAAGAAAGAUAUAGUUGAGAACAUGGAGAAAUAUAACGAUCUUUUGAAGUGGUCAUCAAUUAUUUUUAGACUUUGCAAUGAUUUGGGUACUUCAUCGGAUGAGAUAGCUAGAGGGAAAACUGCAAAUGCAAUAUCAUGUUACAUGCACGAGAAUAGUGUUUGUGAGGAAGUUUCACGUGAAUAUAUAAAAACUUUAAUCGACAAAGCAUGGAGGGAAAUGAUCAAAGCCCGAGUGGCUUGUUUUCAAGAGUCAACAGAUACAUUCAUUGAUAUGGCUAUUAAUCUUGCUCGAAUUUCACAAUGCGUGUACCAAUACGGAGAUGGACAUGGAGCUCCCGAUGUUCGAGCCAAAGAGCGAGUCUUAUCUGUGAUCAUUGAGCCCAUUCCAAUUAAGGACAAUUAGGAGUUUUCUGCAAAAAUAAGGCCAUUUGACAAACUCUUUGGAAAAAUAGGGUCUUUUCAGAUUUAGUUGUAAAUAUAGGGCAAUGGUCCUCAUCUACCAGCUGUAAAGUUACAAAACAUUAUAUAUUUGAUCCUUUAAUU